AUGCGAGAUAAUGCAAGACGCAAAAGCCUGACAGGUGAUGCAUUAAAUCAAUUACGUAUGCGACAAAAAUUUGCAUCAAAGAAGUAUCGUGAUGGAUUAAAAUUAAAGCGAUUAAAUGAUAAUCGAUCAUCAACUUACAAAAAUUGUCAAUCAUUCGGUAAAGCCAUUAAGCGUGUUCAGAAAUCAUUACCAAAAGAACCAAAUAAACGUAUUAGUGUAGUUCGUCAUAUAGCACAAACACUUGAUAUUAUUCCAAAAACAACUGAUCUUCACGAACGUGAACAACGACAGUUACCGAUCGAAUUAAAACAAGCUGUGAUUGACUUUUACAACCGCGAUGAUAUUAGUCAUCAAAUGUCUGGCAAACGUGAUUAUGUUACAAUAAAGGAUGAUAAUGGUUCAACACAAUUGCAAAAAAGAAUUUUAUUGAAUAGCAUUCGAGAAACAUAUGAAUUAUUUUUAAUGGAUCGUAAUAUUACUAACGAUGCAUUAUCAGUUAAUUCAUUUCGUAUUUUACGUCCACCUAAUGUAUUAACUUAUUCUCAUAUGCCACACAGAAAUUGUUUAUUUUCUUACCACGAAAAUAUUAAUUUAUUAAUAAAACCAUUGUCAAAGUGUAUUAAUAAUUCAAAUUUAUGUACAAUUCAAGCAUUUUCAAAAGCACUUGUGUGCACCGAAGAAGAUGAAAAUUGUAUGUUUCGACGAUGUUCAUUAUGUACUAAUUAUUUUGAUAAUAAAUUUCGAAAGUAUGUACUUAAUCCAGCACAAAAAAUUCAAUGGUAUCAGUGGGUUCUAAAAAAUGGAUAUUCAGAAAAACAAGAAUUUAAUGGUACAGUCCAUCAAUGUUUAAAUACACUUGAAGCAUAA